CGAAAAUUGUGGUUGCUCUUUGCUGGAUGUGCCAGUAUUUCAGUAUUCCUUAUGUAUCUUGGUACUAAACUGAUUUCACCUUUCAGAGGUCAGAAUGUGGGGUCAAGAACUGGAGAUCAUGAGACUUGUACUGUCCCUCACAUGCAGUGAGAUAUUCCAGCAUGUGUAUUGAGGUUGCAUACCCAUACCAUGGGGACUUAGUCAAGGAAGAGAAUUUGUCAAUGAAAGAUCUGUGAAGGAAGAGAACCCAUGAUGAAUUCAUAUGAAAGCAAAGAUGUUCCCUCAGAAAUAACUCUGGCUGAAUCUGAAAAACCUCAAGUAUUGGAGCUUAAGAUUUCCUCACUGGAAGAACAGUGCGUAGGAACUGCUUCGUGUAGAGAAGUGUUGGGUCAAGAACCUGUCAAUAUGGAGCGCCUUGAACUGCUACGGAAUGUGUGUGAAGAUGCUUCAUUGAAAAAUGUAACCUAUUCGGGUAUCUCUAGAUUUGUACUAGAUCGAAUAUUUGUAUCUGACAAAUACAAAAUUCUGUUUUGUCAAACUCCAAAAGUGGGCAACACACAGUGGAAGAAGGUCCUUAUUGUUUUGAAUGGAGCAUUUUCAUCAAUUAAGAAGAUUCCAGAAAGUUUAGUACAUGAUCAUGAGAAGAACCACCUGCCUCGUUUGUCAUCCUACAGAAAGCCUGAAGUUAAAAAAAGACUGAAUUCAUACUUCAAGUUCUUGAUUGUGAGAGACCCAUUUGAUCGGCUUAUAUCUGCAUUUAAGGACAAAUUUCUUCAGAAUCCAAGAUUUGAACCUUGGUAUAAGCAUGAAAUUGCUCCUGCAAUUAUUCAGAGGUAUAGGAAGAAUCACACUGAAGUCAGAGGCCUGCAGUUUGAAGAUUUUGUGCGUUACCUAGGUGAUCCCAAUCAUCGGUGGCUGGAUGUUCAAUUUGGUGAUCAUAUUAUACACUGGGCUACCUAUGUAGAACUGUGUGCACCUUGUGAAAUAAAGUAUGAUGUGAUUGGGCAUCAUGAGACGUUGAGAAAUGAUGCCCCCUAUAUUCUAAAGAAAGCAGGUGUUGACCAUUUGAUAUCAUAUCCCCCAAUUCCUCCAGGUAUUACAGAGUACAACAGGACCAAAGUGAAGCAGUACUUUCUGGGACUGAGCAAAAGAGAUAUAAGACGCUUGUACACACGAUUUCAAGGAGACUUUAAACUGUUCGGCUAUAGUAAACCUAGCUUUUUGCUUGUCUGAGAGCAGUUUCCUUUGUAUUACUAAACUUUAAUGCGCAGUGUUCAGCUCGAAGACUGUCUAGUUAAAAGACAUGCUUUUACAAUGACUGUUUGCCUUUUGUUGUACCAACUAUCAUACUUCUUUUAAUAUCCAGUAAGCACUGACAGUGAACUAGAUUGUGAAAUUAACAGUGGUCACUUUUGUACUACACAAGCUGUCUUCCAUGAUCAGAUUUUUUUGAAAAAUUCCUGCUGGAGACAAUGUAGUUCACUGCUAGUUGUCCUGCAUGACUCUUUGAUGAAAUGAAGUAUGGCAUCUGAUCAUAGCAGUUAUCCUUGUGGUAAAUUAAUUGUAUCAUUUUUCUGUUUCACAGCCAGUGUACUGAAUUAUAUUAAUAGCUGCAAACAUUUUAGGAAUACAGUAGCCAUCAAAGAGAGAAAAAAAAUUAUUCAUGACUUUUUUUCAUUACAGGUGGUCAAGGAUUAACUGCUGUUGCUUAAAUCUGAAGGGGAAUAUUUUGCUAAUGUACAGGAAUAUUUGCAGUAGCUUAUAACAGUACCACCUUGCCAAAUUUCUUCUUGAUAAUUUUCAGUAGUAGUUGAUUUAAUGAUUUAUAAUGCUGAAGUGUCCUUGGCACUCAUCAAAGGCAGAUAUGUCAAGAUGUCCUGGAUUCAGUUAAUAGACUGGUGCUAGAAGAGUCAGCUGGGGAGGAUGGAAGUGAGCAGUAGAAACUGGUUCACCCAUCCUGGAAAAUGCUGGUACAUGGUGCCCUAGUGUUUGACUGCCAGCUGACAGAGGCUGGUCUUUUAGCAGUAAGAAACUUCUGACAGUGUACACUAAUAUGCUUGGCAGCACAUAUGCUGUAGCUGAGGACUUAGUGUGCAUGUGCCAUGAGCCCAGAAAUUUUAGGUAUCCGAAACUUAGAGACUGCUGAGUAUUUGAAAAUUAACAUGGUGUACAAAAAAAAAAAAAAGCAAAUCACCAAGGAUGACACCACACUGUAGAACAUCAGUGGAGACAGGUUUGCUGUCAGGAUGUUUCCUUUCUGGAAGAUCCGGUCUCGGGAGAUAAACUAGGGCUUCAAUUCAAAGAGAAAAAUGGUAUCAGAUAGGUAAGCUAACAAGUCUGUUAGUUAACAUGGAGGAUUAAUGAUGCGAGCUAUUAACAAGCUGCUGCUUGUGAUGCAGGGUUUGAGACUCUCAGCCUUCACUGAAAUGAGAGAGAUCAUUGGGGCAAUUUUGAAAUUGGGGUAAGUCCAUCAGUAGAUACCUAGACUAUGUCUAUUAACUGCAUUUGAACCUAGCAGACUAUUACUGAGAGCCAAAGUAUUAUCAAAAAAGAAAGCAAAAAGGUUGCCAGGUCUGCAUUUCAGCAUUAUGAAUAUCUUUUGGUUUCUUUUUCUGGCAGUCUUAUGUUCAGUGUUUGAUAUUACAGCCACCAUUUGCUGAUUUAUAAAGGCAUUAAUUGAUGCCACUUUAAUAUUUUUAUCUGAUGUCCUUUUUAUUCUUUCUCAGCACAUGGAUUUGGGUCUGAUCCUCUAAUCUGACUCAGCUGCAUACUCUAGACUUUGGAUCCAACUCUCAAGCUCCUCUCUCUACCCAUAAUACCUUUGUCCAUCCUCAGUACCUCAGAUGCCAUUUGCCACCAUCAUGUUCAGAUGCAGGGUCCUUCUCUUGAGCGGUAGCUUUAGAGUUUUCUUAAUUUUUUUGUAGCUUUACUUAAAUAUCUUCGUUUUGCUUUAUUUCUCAACACCUCCCUCUUAAUGUAUGCUAUAGCAUUAGGUUUGUAACUGUUUUUUAUAGUAUUUCUAUUUGUACCAUAGUUGUUAUUUCUUCUUUACCAUAUAACACAGGGUGUUUUUUUUGAUUACCAUUACUGGUAAUCUUUCUUUCCUCCUCCUUUCCUUUCUCACUGCUAAAAAAAAAUGCAUCAUUGUCCUUUCUAGUGUUUUUUAUUGCAUCUUCUUCUGGGUGUCAAAACCCUAGUGAAACUACAGAACACGCUCCAUACUGAAGUCCCGUAGGACUUUGUCAGAACCUCUUUGCUUUGGGUCCAGUUUUAAUAUCAGCCAGCCCUGUGGCUCCUACCUCGAUCCCAGACCUUAGGAAAACUGGCAUAUCUCCAAGAGUUCUCUAACCAGAGUUCAUCCUGGAUCUGAUUUAUCCUACUCUGCAUUCCGCUUUCUUGCAGACUCCUAGAAAUAUUCCAGGUCACAGUCCACCGAAUUCUCCAGAAGUUUAUCAGAAGCGGAUGUGGGUAAGGAUGAUGCGAAAAUUUCUCAGAGUUCAAGUCCAGAUGGGGUUUAUACCAACUCCGUCCCUUAUUGGAUUGAGAAUCUUUCAUUCAUUUCUCAUAUGAUUCUGUCUCCUUCUCCAGUUCAUCCCAUAGUUCCAGAGCACCAGGAUCUGACAGCCCUGAGAGGUCCAAAGUCAGAUCUGAAGAAAAUGUAUUCUUCCAUUCCGACAUCCUGUCUAAAUAGUUCCACUCACAUGCCUUCGGAUCAGAAUGGGUCCCAGAGCCAAAGUGUUGCAGUCAGAUUUGUGGGGCCAGGAACUACUCUGGUGUUAUUGGAUCCAUUCCUGCCCCUCGGUGCCUCUGCACUGGACAUUUCAGGUCUGGUUCUAUCCUCAAGGUAUGCAGCCGGAAGGAGUCAUGACCUACAUGUACUGGAAGUCCUGGCACCAAGUGGGUGGUCACAGCUUCUUCAGGCCCAUCUGCUUCGAGGUCGUGAAAAGUUCUUUUUCUCUUUCUAGAGAACCGGCUUCUCUUAUUUAGAUCCAAUCCCUAUUCUGUCUUUGGUUCUGAGCUCUGAGUCAAUCAGGGCUAUUCCGCCGGGACAGCCAAUUCCAGCAAGCUUCCAAACAUUUCCUGUAGAGGAGCUCCCCCUCUCUUCAGAUACUUCCUUUGAACAUCUCCUGGAAAAGAUCCACUGGAAGAGAACAUGCAGGAGGAGGCACAUAGAUUCUCUGCUGGAAUCUCUCAUGGAGGAUACCGAUUUCAAUGAAGGAGAAGGGUCCCUCAGAUCCCUCCCUCCUUUGAGACAAAUUAGAGAUCCUCAGACAGAAAGGUGGUUGGUCCUCCAAACAUCCUUCCCCAGAGGAAUCAGUAUUUUUGAAAGCUUUUAGUUCUGGCCCAUCUAUGUCUUGGAUUACUCCCCUGGCGGAUGAACUCAUUGAUUUAGUUUCCUGCCAGGCAUUUAAGGAGACAGAUACCAUCAAAACCCAUUCCAAAAUGACCUGACAAAUUCUUAGCUCCUCCUAAGCAUAUGCCCCCACUGGAGCAAAGGCGUCCCAGUAGAUGCUAUGGUUGUGGCGGCAGUCACUAAAAAAGAGCCGGCAGAACAGAGAUAUGUCUGUCCAUCAGAGAGUCUUGGGUGCUGGACAGAUUUGGAAAGUGAGUCUUUGCCUCAGCAACCUUUCCCUUGAGGUCUCUUAAUUUAACUAAGCAACGGUCAAAUUCUCUCUGAGCCCAUGUCUGCAGACUACUUUCAAAGAUCGUUCUCUCAGCUGACCACUCUGUUUUCAAUUUUCAGUGUAUCCUUGAGGUUGAUCUCUCACACAGCUGAAGACACCUCACGGGCUUCAAAUUCAGGCAUUGUCUUAAGGAGACAUGCCUAGAUGCAACUGUGACUUUGUGGAGCCUUUUAAGACAUCUUUCAUCAAUGUUGCCUUUGAUGACACAUCCUUAUUUGGUCUAUCAGUUAGAGACUCUUACCUGCAGUGAACAAGAGCUGAAGACUCCUUGUGCCAUGGGAGUCAAGUUUUCUACCCAUCAACAAACCUUUUGUAGGAAUCAAAGAGGUGGUAAGAAAAUGUGAUCCCGCAAAUCUCAGGGACCUUUCCAAGAUUUGUAUGGGGACAACAACUCUAGAGGGAGAGGAGGCAGUUCCAGUAGUAUAUGUCACCCUAUAGGCAGAGGAGGCCCACAAAAUCAUGUUUUCCAUUAUUCCUUUCCAGACCAUCCUUUCCUGCACUCCUGAAGUAUUGCCUGACUGUCCACCUCUGGAGGCAGUCUGGGAAUGAGUUUCCUUGCACCCAGACACCUUGACAAAUAUAACAGAAAAUUAAUGGGUGCUAAGAAUAAAAUCCAUUUUAAUUUUUCUCGCUCUCAAUUUAAGGAAACGCCUAAAUCAAUGCAUCUCUUUUAUGAAAUUAUAUGCAACAAAUCUAGAAUGUAUAAUUUAAUCUCUAAACUUUAUAACAUCUUAAAAUAUAAAACACAUUUAAAUAUUAAAUUUUGGAAUCAUAUCGCAUUAGAUAAUUAUUGUUCUUUAACUUCUAAAAACAAAUUUCAGAUAUUGUCAUCUAUAAAACAUGGUCUCACUAUUGGCAAGUAUAGACAUGGACAUUUUUAUGUAGAACCUUCUUAACUCCAAAUAAAAUAACUAAAUUUAAUGGUAAUAAUAAUAUACUUUGUUGGAGAUGUUUACAAGUUUGUAAUGCCGAUUAGUUACAUGUUUUUUUUUUAAUGUCAUUCUAUUAAUUUAUUUUGGAGUAACAUAAGUGACUUCUUGAAACCAUUAUUUUCUGAUAUUUUUUUUCUUAUCCAAGUUUUUAGUUUUAUUUUGUAUACAUGAUACUUGUGAUUUGAAAUGUGACAAUCCUUUUCAGGGAAAUGUAUUACUAAGGAAUGGAAAUCCACCAGUCCACCAACUUUUAAAAUGUUUUUUUUGUUCUUAAGUAGCCUUCAGAGAGUCUAAAGUUAAGGAAUAAAUAAUUCAUCCUAAACCA